AUGUUCAUAAUUUUUGCCAUUCUAAUAUCCGCGAUUCGCUGCGACCUUCUGAAGACGGUGUACUGUUCGCAGCACUGCAACGACUAUCUCCAGCUUCCGGAAGCGUCAAUACCAAAGUGCAGCGAGCCGCACCUCAAGCACAAUCAAUGCGGAACUGUCAUUUCGUGCUCAUGGGCGGAUAUCAAGUUGGAGAAGGAGCGCAAAUCGGCCAACUCGACGGAUAAUGUGGUGUGCUGCUAUAAAGUGCAAUUAAAGGAAAAAGGCGAUUGCGACGCGCAAUUUGCCAAAAUCACAUCGACGACACCGAAAAUCGAUCAAAAUCUGAUUUGCAAACUCAACGACGAGAUUUUUGUGCUCAUCGGAUUCUUGCUCUUCAUCAUCUGCGUGCUAAGCAUCUAUAUUGUUUACUCAUGUGUAUUUCGCCACGAAAUCAACGCCAAAAUAGCGGACCAUCAUGAUACGACAGCGUUAACUGGCGCCUGUUGA